AUGGAAGACCUAAACUUCCCCCUCCCCGCAAACAACAACAACAACCUCCUCUCCCCACAACCAAACACAACCCACCAAAAACGCACAACCUACAUAUCCAGCGACCUAACAUCCCGCUACACAACUGUCUCAAUCCCAGCCUCAUACGGCGGCCUAACAACAAGCCCACCACCCGGCACAGUCGCCGGAAUCGUCCUCGGCAGCGUAGGCGGCAUAGUAAUAAUCCUCUACCUAACCUUCCUCGCCCUGAACCCAGGCGGCAUCGCGCGCGGCAGCGGGGGCACAUCAUCCAUCGACGAAGAAGUCGUCGUCCGCAGUCGGCGCGGCGGCUCCCGGCGCAGCGAUGUAAUCGAGGUCGUCGAGGAACGCGGCAGUCGGCCGAGGAGUUAUCGACGACCGCCGUCGCAUGAUCAGGUUAUUGUUGAGGAGGACUCGGUUACGGGGACGACGACGUCUGGUGGGAGGGACGUUAUUGAGGUUAUGGAGGAGGAGUCUUCGGGGAUUUCUUCUAUUCAGCCGUCUAGGAGGGGUGGGCGGGGGUAUCGAUCUGUUGAUCCGCUCGCGUAUGGGGGUGGGAGUUCGCAGGGGAGUCGCUAUCGAUGA